AUGGCCCGGGGAAAUCAGAGAGAACUUGCCCGCCAGAAAAACAUGAAGAAAACCCAGGAGAUUAACAAGGGAAAAAGAAAAGAGGACAGUUUGACUGCCUCUCAGAGAAAGCAGAGGGAUUCUGAGAUCAUGCAACAAAAGCAGAAGGCAGCUAAGAGAAAAAUGAAGACAAGGGUGACCCAAGAGCACCCUCGGCCCCAGCACUCACAUGAGAAUGUGGAGCUUCGGGGGACUGGUCAGCGGUAG